AUGAAUACAGGCGAGUGGAAUUGGCACGACAGCGCGCCGAAACAGAAGCACGACCCAGAAGCUGGUGGCCACACGGUGGACCCCUACAAUCCCAUGAGCCUCUUCCGGCAGUACAUGCGCUACCGGCCGGCCAUCACCUCAGCGGCGGGCAGAGGCGGGCUGCCCGAAGAGCCCGACAGGGCAGGGCAUGGGCAGGUCACGGGCAACCAGGAACGAAACCCCUUCCAAUUCCUGACGCAACGCCCGAGGGGCCCGCGGCGGCGGGGGGUCCGGCAGCCGGCGCGGCCGCGGCCGCGGCCUGCGCUGAGCUUUCCCUUUGUUUCACUGCGGGGGGGUGUAGUCCUGGAAUGUGGCGGCCGGGGAGUCCGCGGCACCAGGGAUCCCGGCGGCCGCGGCUGCGGCCGGCGCUGA